AUGCAAAAUCCUUUCUUUGCAGAAUAUAUAUCAGACACAAUGAAGCUGGGAGCUAGCCUUCCUGCUUAUAGAACUUUUGCUUUGGAGGAGCUUCAGGAAGCCACCCAUAACUUUGAUGAUUCAACAUUACUAGGUGAAGGUUCACAUGGACAGAUAUAUAGAGGGAAGCUCCCUGAUGGAACCUUUGUUGCUAUAAGAGGCUUGAAAAUGAGAAAGAGGCAGAGUCCACAGGUCUACACACACCUCCUUGAGCAGAUUUCAAAACUGAGACAUAGCCAUUUGGUUAGUGCUCUUGGACAUUGCUUGGAGUGCCAUCCAGAUGAUUCAGGCGUCAGUAGAGUAUUUCUUAUACAUGCCAUACAGGUUGCAAUGGAGAAAGGACCUCCAGGACGGAAGCUUACCUGGCCGCAGAGAAUAAUAGCUGCAAUUGGAGUUGCAAAGGGUAUUCAGUUUCUGCAUACAGGGAUUGUUCCUGGUGUUAAAUCAAAUAAUCUGAGGAUAAAAAUGUCUUAUUGGAUCACGAUCUUCAUAUGGGCACCACAGUUCCUUCUCUGGCACCAAAAGGAAGCGUUCAAGCGAGAUAGCUGCAUUUGGCACUAUGAACUGACUUGGUGGCAGUUACAAAUUAACAUAGGUCUUAAUUCUGGAACUGCCAUUCAUAAACUCUAUCUCUGUACUUAA